GGAGGAGGAGGAGAGGAGCAGCUGAGCUUUGCAAGAUUCAAUUCCUCUCCUCUCUGCGCUUUGCAUGUGGGAAAGAAAGAAAAGAUCUUCCCACGGGUUGCAUCCCUGGAUGAGUCUUUUUGGAAGCUCAGCUACUGCAGAGAACAAAGAUGGAAGAGCAAGGGUUAGCUGGACCUCAGGCAGGAAGAGGACCCCAUUUAACCCAAGCUGGGAGCAGCGGGGACUUCUGGGAAAGGGCACAACAGAAGACCCUCGAUGAGGACAAUGCCAACCCAGAUGCUCAGCGCCAACGCUUCAGGGAGUUUGGCUACCAGGAGGCUGAGGGGCCCCGAGAGGUUUGCAGCCGACUCCACAGUCUUUGCCGCCAGUGGCUGAAGCCAAAAAGCCACACCAAGGCCCAGAUGCUGGACCUGGUGGUUCUGGAGCAGUUCCUGGCUGUCCUCCCCCCAGAGAUGGAGAGCUGGGUCAGGGAGUGCGGAGCGGAGACCAGUUCCCAGGCGGUGGCCCUGGCCGAAGGCUUCCUCCUGAGCCAGGCGGAGGGGAAGAAGCAGGAAGAGGAGAAACAGGUGGAGGGGUGGAGAGAAGUGGCCAGAGGUCCUCUCGAGGCAGAGGAGGACACCCUGGGUCCCAUGCAGAGGCCACAGUUCAGGUGGAUUGUGCUGGAGGGUGACGGAGGAGCUGUCUCGCCAGGUGGUGAAAUGACCCUGGAGCGUCCUUCCGGCCCUUUUCCUCUUUGGGAUGGAGCAGACGAGGUUCUUACCAAGCCCCCGGAUCAGAGCCCAGUGAUCUUUGAGGAGGUGGCCGUGCAUUUCACAGAGGAGGAGUGGGCGCUGUUGGAUCUGGGCCAGAGAGCUCUGCACCGGGAAGUCAUGGAGGAGAUUUGUGGAAACCUGAGCUUUCUGGCAGAAGGUGGUCAGUCCAGCGAGAAUUACGUGCAAUCAUCUGUGGAGUACGGAAUGUGGAAAGAGACAUUUGGAAACCAAAGGGGACCCAAAAUCAUCAGUCCGGAUAAGCAACAUUGUCAAAAUAAUAGAAGUAUCCAGACCGGGGAGAAACCGUACACAUGUGUUGAGUGUGGAAAGAGCUUCAGCAAUGGAGGAGACCUUGCUACACAUGAAAUAAUCCACAAGGGGGAGAAACCGUAUAAAUGCAUAGCUUGCGGAAAGACCUUCUGCACCAGUGGGAAUUUUAGUAAUGAAAGAAUACAUUCAGGGUGGAAGCCAUAUGUAUGUGCCGAGUGCGGAAAGAGCCUUGGCGAUAGCAGAUCACUUGCUAAACCUCUAGGAACUCACACAAAAGAGAAACCAGAUAAAUGUGCGAUGUGUGGAAAGUGCUUCAGGUGUACUGGGAAGUCCCUGAAAGAAAGGAAGAAAGCUGAGAAAAAACUGGCCAUCAUGGCCAGGAGCAGGAGGGCUAGAACAGCCCACACACUGAAGGUCAAGCUGGAGGUGGUGGAGCGUGCAGAGCGCGGGGAGCGAAACAAAGACAUUUCUUUAGCCAUGGGCUUGUCAAAGUCUACAGUCCGUACCAUAUUCAACAACCGCGAGAGGAUAAAAGCAAGCGCUGAAAAUCUGCAGAGCGAAAAGUUAACCAAGGUGACAACCGGGCGAGCAGAAAUUUACGAAACUCUGGAGAGGCUGCUGGUUCAGUGGAUUGACUGCCACGGCGAUCGGGGCGCCCCAUUGUCCUUCCUCCUCAUUCAGGAGAAAGCGCUGUCCUUGUUUGAGGACCUGAAGAGGAAGAAGGCGGAGAAGGGGGAUGCGAGUGCUGUAGGCAUGGGGUUCAAGGCGAGCAAGGGGUGGUUUGACAGAUUCAAGAGGAGGGCGUACCUUCACAACGUUAAACUAAGGGGAGAGGUAGCUACUGCUGACACUGCGGUCGCAUCAACCUACCCCACACAUUUCCAGGAAAUCAUUGAGGAAGGCAGGUACCACCCAAAGCAGAUCUUCAACAUGGAUGAAACAGGGCUGUUUUGGAAGCGCAUGCCGUCUCGGACGUGCAUCUCCAUCCAGGAGACAAAAGUGCCGGGGCCCAAGGUUUCAAAGGACCGCCUGACGCUGCUGCUGGGGGGUAAUCUAGAGGGUGAUGUGAAGCUAAAACCCCUGCUUGUGUACCACUCAGAGAACCCCAGGGCACUGAAGGGGAUCCCCAAAUCAACUCUGCCCAUUUUGUGGCGUUCCAACAGAAAGGCAUGGGUCACCCGCGAAGUUUUCAGCGACUAUAUCAGGAGCUACUUUUCUCCUUUUGCGGCUGACUAUUGUCGGGAAAGCAACCUGGACAACAAAGUGCUUCUCCUGCUGGACAACGCCCCUGGCCACCCUGUCAGCAGCCACGAUUAUUCCGACAAUGUCCGUGUUCUGUUUCUGCCAGCCAACACGACUUCAUCAUUGCAGCCUAUGGACCAAGGAGUGACCGACAAAUUCAAGGCUUACUAUCUCCAGCUUGUCAUGAAACACGUGGUCACGAAGAGUGCCGAAGGCAACAGCAGAAGCCUCGUGGACAUUUGGAAAGAAUUCAACAUAAGGAAGGCUGUGGAUUUCAUUGCUACAGCUUGGUCGAUGGUUACAAAAGAGACUCUGAACGCUGCCUGGAAAAGCUUAUGCCCCAAGUAUGUUCGUGAUCACAGAGCGCUGGCGAAGGAGUUGCCCGCUGCACAUAAGACUAUUGUGGACCUGGCAGCACAGGCUGGCUUUGAGGGUGUGGAUGAAGAGGACGUGCGAGAGGCGCUUGCGUCUCGCACGGAACGCCUUACAAACGAGGAGCUGAUUCAGCUCGAUGAGCAGUGCUUUGGCGGGAAGAGGGAAAAGGGUGAGGUCAAGGAAGCGCAACAGAAAGUUAUUGGCAUGAAGACACUAACUCAGAUGUUGGUGCUGCAAGGUGGCUUACUGUCCGUGACGGGGGAAUAUGACAACAACUUUGAGUGUGCUCUAAACACAGAAUUGAUGCUCGAUGAAUUAAUGGAGCCCUAUACGUUUCUCCAUGACAAAAACCAGAGGGAGGCAAAGCAGCCCACAGGCCACGAUCCUUUUCACAGGGAACCAAAAGACAGCGCCUCUGAUCUCGAAGUCUUGCCUUCCACAUCUGGUUAUGUACCUCCCGAAAAGGAGGUUGCCAUCAAGGAAGAGAUCGUGGUCAUCAAGGUGAACAUGGAAGAAAUGGAAACUGAACCUGCAGACAGAACUGAUUCGCAAUCUUCCAUUUCUUUGAGUUUGUCUUGCCCUGCACCAUCGCCUUGAAUACUAUCAUCUUGUUAAGGAUUGGGAUAAGGAGAACCUUACGGGACGUCAAAUCAUUGUCUGCAGAAAAUGUUUCAGUUAGCACAAACCAUGGGUUGUAUUCAACUAGCUUUUACUGUAAGAAGAAUCAUAGACACUAAUGACCAUAACUUUCUUAGGUCCAUUAAUUUUAAUGGGUCUACUCGGAGUAAAAGUUAGUUGAAUAUAACCCCAUUUAUCUACACUGGAGGAAAACAGGGCCAAAAGGGGUGCUUUAAAAAAAAAAAGUUUUUAAAAAAUUAGCUUCCCAUAUAAUUUUUCCAAAAUAUCCAACUAAAUACAUAAGACAAGAGCCCAUUUUUUUCAAUGCUGAUAAAUAUUAUGUAUGUCGUUUCAUAUUGUUUGCUGUAGGUCUGCUGUGACCUGAUAAAACAUACACUGCUUAAAAAACCCAAGUUGAGGAAAAUGAGGGUAGGAAUAAGGUAGAAGAAAAGAGAAGAGAGAAAAAGGACCAAACCUUUUGUUAAGCAAAACAAUAACCUAAGAGGAUUUUUAUGACAACCAGACAUUUCUGUUCAGCUGUGGCAUUAAAUCACAUAGAUUUUUUGUCAUUAGCAUAUUACAUGAAGCCCCACCACAUCGAAAAGAAGUCCUGUGGAUGUGCUUUACCUUGAACUAGUCUUAAAUUUGAUGUAAAUCCCCCCAAUUGCAAUAUUCUAUACAUUCUUGCACCACAUUUAUAUAUUCAAGUUGUCAAGUUCCUUCCGGUGCUGUACAAAGGUUCAUCUAAGCUGCAAAUACUAAGAAGGUGAUAUAUUGUUUGGACGUUGAAUCUUUAUUUGUACCUUGAAACGAUGUUAAAAAAGGACGUUCCAGAGCAAAGUUUCUAUGUAUUGCUAAUAGCUCUGUGUGAAUCAGGGACCAGAAUGUUUUAAUGUGUGGCCACUUCCACCAUAGAUGAAAGUAGGUACGUUUAGUAUCACAACCAUGGCAACACAUAGGGCUUAUUACUGCUGAUGUAAUAUGUGCUAGUUGGGCUAUAUAUGUCCCAUACCAUCUAUGCCACAUUAUGUGUGACAGUUUUCUAAUAUUUGCCAACACAGAUUUACUUGCCAACCACAGCCCUUUUCUGGUGGAAUUGUCAGUAUUUGUUAUUAAAUUAUAUCUCCACACUGA